UGAAAAGAAAAGGUUAUAGUGAUUUUGCGCUGUGUCGCGGUUCAGUGAAAUUGUGAAUUUUCUAAAGGAAAAACCAAGAAAAAUCCUAAAAAGUGUGUAAAAAGCACUAAAAACGUGUUAAAAGGCAUCGCCAAAAUUCGUAAAAGUGCGCGAAAUUCUUUUACAGAUUCAAAAUAGAAAAAUUAUACAUACCACCCCCAGUGAAAAGUUGUGAAAACACAGCCAUACAAGCAGGCUUUACCAAGUGAGAAAAGCGUAAAGUUUUUUGCAGUGUAAAAAGGCAAUACAAUCAAAUUUAGUGCAAAUAAAAACUAUAGCAAAGAAAUAUUUGUGCAGAUAAACACUGAACAAAACUGUUAGGCUUCUCCUUUUUGUCUCAUAACAUUAUUUAUUAAGCACCUUCAGUAAAAGCGUCAAGACGCCGCCAACAGCGCCAGCUUCACCCCCCGCGGAGCAUACGUGCGUGAUGCGUGACCUCGGCACCAAAAUGGCCGAGCUGAAAUUCGAGGCUCCAUUAGCUAAAUUCGAGGAGACUGAUGAAUGGGGCGGUUGUGACUUCAUUACCAAUCAAAAUACGAUUAAUGAUACAUUGAAUUUGAAUCUGAAAGAUUCGUCGUUGAAGCAGGAAAACAAGAUGCGCCUACUUGAAGAGGCUGUGCGUGAUGCACAUGUGAGCAGGAAUGGUGUGCUCAUGACGAACGGCAGUAAUGCUGAUAAGGCUGACGGCGGUGCAAUAAGUCCCAAUUGUAAUUCCUUAUUGGCCGCUGAGUUGGGAUUGGAUGUUGGUUUGGCGCCCGGUGAUGAUGGUUGCGAUAAACGUUCCACCGUUGGGGAUACCGUUGAUAAUUUUGCUGAAACAUUCGGCGGUAGUCUCGAGGAUUUAGUUAAUACAUUUGAUGAAAAAAUAACCAAAUGUUUCGGAAAUUUCGAAGAGAAUGUUGAGGAUUUGGCACCGGUGCAAGUUCGCAGCCAGGAGGAAAUCAUGAAUGAAUGCCAGUGA